AUGAUCAGUUAUUCCCGCCAUAUACGCCGACAGCAGUUCACCAUCGCCAUUAUUUGUGCCCUGCCGCAUGAGUCCCGAGCGGUGGAGGCUGUAUUCGACGAAAUAUUUGAUUGUGGCGGCGGCACCGACCUGGCAUCACACCCCCGAGACAAGAACAAAUAUACAGUGGGGAGGAUUGGCCAGCACUAUGUCGUCUUGGUCCAUAUGGCCGCAAUGGGAAAGCUGUACGCGUCGAGCGCAGCGGCAAGUAUCUCGUUGAGCUAUCCCAGCAUAAAGCUAGCCCUAAUUGUUGGAGUGUGUGGAGGGGUUCCAUACACUCAGGAUGGACAUGCUAGAUUUCUUGGGGAUGUGAUCAUCAGCACCGAGCUACUAUUAUACGACGAAACAAAUGUAUUGGCCUUCGACAAUCUCAAUCCACUUUCCUUCAACACCGGAAACAGGGUUCAGGCUAAUGGGAAACCUCAAGCCCUAAUACAUAAGUUGUACAGUGCGCGAGGAUACCAAUGCCUGGUAGUUAAUACGGCCAACAACUUGGCUCUGGCCCUGAACAUGCUUGGAGCGGAGGAGUUCGGCUAUCCAGGAAUGGACAAGGAUCGGCUUUUUCCUCCUUCCUACCAGCAUCAGCAUCGGAGCCCCGUGCAAUGUGAUGUUUGCAGCAGCCCUGGCAAUAGGAAACAGUUUUGCCGCCAGGCUUUCAAGUCAACUUGCGAACAGUUAGGUUGCGUUAGGGAUGCGGCACGGUUGCAGCGGGUACGGACAAAACCUUCGGAUGAGUCGUCACCAGACCCUCGACCGACUAUCCAUUUCGGACCGAUAGCCACUGGCGAUAGCGUCAUCAUGUGCGGUGAAAAGCGCGACCAGUUGGCUGCUAGCGCUGGUGUUGUUGGCUUCGAAAUGGAAGCAGCUGGGGUAUGGAGGCGUUUCCCCACUGUCGUUAUCAAGGGGGUCUGUGACUAUGCCGAUUGCCAUAAGAGCAAGAGAUGGCAGAACUAUGCGGCCGUAUGUGCAGCAUCCUGUGCGAAAGCGUUCUUGCUAGAGUACACAGCAUAG